UCUACCCGUAUACCUUAUCUAUAGCAUUAUGCGACGAAAUAAUUCCCUAUUGCUAUUACUCUUGUUUAUAACGAUAACAAUGGGUUCCGACUACGUAAACAAAUCGCACACGAAGCCAUGGAAAGUAAGAUUCUACCCUAAAAAGUCAGUGUUCAGGAAAGCUGACCACAUCGACAAAGGGUGUACUGUGUUUAUCAAGGAUUGCCCCCAGUCGUACAAACAGAAUUUGGUCUGCGCAAGACAUUACGACGGACAAUUUAAAACUUUCAACAAUUACUGUGAAAUGGAGUUCGAGAAUUGCAAUAGUUGGAGACAUUCAUUAGCUCUUAUUCUCUACUUUUUUAGCCAGGAUGAAAUAUUAUCUAAAUCGGUGUGCAGGAUCUGCGUCGCAUUUGUUGGAUCUUCGUGGGAUACUUAUAUAGCUGUAUCAUUUGUAAAUGUUCCAGUGGUGAUAUUUUUUGAAAUAUUUCAGAACCACGAUAAUUCACGAGGUCUAUCUGAUAAGAUACACAGUUACAAAUGGGGCCGCUAA